UGCUAGCGGAGCAGAUGAACAGAGGCAGUGGAGCAGAGAUGGAGCUCUGCCUUUAAAAAGUGGACUUGAAACUCUCUCAGACAUGAUUUUACGCACUUUGGGUCUAUUUUUCCCUUUAAAGAAGCUGCUGUGAACAUUUUUCCCUCCGCUGAGAUUUAAAUUGGCUCUGCCCGGGCGCUGCUGCCACUCUCAGCCGCCUCUCCUCUCAUCACCUGCGGGUUGCUCUCCUCGGACUCUCCGCUGGGAUUAUCGGAGGUAGACUUGGAGAAAGAAAGAAAGUUCCUGUGUGAGGAUGUUUGAGUCUCUGAUUUAAUCCUGCAGCAGAAGAGAUGCUGCCUGUGGAGUUUGAAGGUGUUUGCAGAGAUUUGAUCCCGUAGAUAGACUGCAGAUCGUUUCUGUUUGGAUUUAUCAUUUCUGCUGCUGCUGCUGCUGCUGGACGGACAGCCUCACUCACAAACUGGGACCAAACCUGAGUUUAUAAUGGAGUACCAUCACUCUCUGCUUCCUCUACUGGUUUUAUUUCUUCUAACAACUUUGGCACAUGCAUCUCGGCCGAGGUUAGAGGAUGCAGCUCCUCGGAUUGUCGAACAUCCGUCUGAUCUAAUCGUGUCCAAAGGCGAGCCGGCCACCCUCAACUGUAAAGCAGAGGGACGGCCGACCCCGAUGGUGGAAUGGUACAAAGACGGCGAGAGGGUGGAGACGGAUCGGGAAGACCCUCGAUCUCAUCGGAUGCUCUUACCCAGCGGCUCCCUCUUCUUCCUGAGAAUCGUGCACGGACGGAGGAGCAAGCCGGACGAAGGCGUGUACGUGUGCGUGGCGAGGAACUACCUGGGAGAGGCGGUCAGUCGCAAUGCAUCGCUGGAGGUGGCAAUUCUGAGAGAUGACUUCCGUCAGACGCCCAGUGAUGUUGUAGUGGCAGCGGGUGAGCCAGCUGUCAUGGAGUGUAUCCCCCCCAGAGGCCACCCUGAGCCCACCAUCUCCUGGAAGAGAAACAACAUGAGGGUCAAUGACAGAGACGAGAGGAUCACUAUCCGAGGAGGAAAGUUGAUGAUUUCCAACACCAGGAAAAGUGAUGCUGGCAUGUAUGUUUGUGUUGGAACCAACAUGGUGGGGGAGAAAGACAGCGAUCCGGCUGAACUGGUGGUGUUUGAGCGUCCCGUCUUCAUCAAACAGCCGGUGAACCAGGUGGUGUUAGCAGACGACACGGUGGACUUCUUCUGCGAGGUGCACGGGGACCCGACUCCAACUGUCCGCUGGCGGAGAGAGGAGGGAGAGCUGCCCCGGGGCAGAUUUGAGAUCCGCAGUGAUAACAGCCUCCGUCUGACUCAGGUGAGAGGUGAAGAUGAGGGCACUUACACCUGCGUGUCGGAGAACAGUGUUGGGAAAGCUGAGGCCUCAGGGACUCUGCAAGUGCACGUCGGGCCGUCCUUUCCCCCUCAGAUCGUGGUUCGGCCGAGAGACCAGAUCACAGCCCCGGGUCGUACCGUAACCUUCCUCUGUGGCACCAAAGGAAACCCUCCACCCGCCGUCUUCUGGCAGAGAGAGGGCAGCCAGAUCCUGCUGUUUCCCAUCCAAGAGCCGUCUCAGUCGGGGCGUUUCUCCGUGUCUCUGAGUGGCGAGCUGACCAUCACUGACGUCCAGGUGGAAGACUCAGGAUAUUACAUCUGUCAGGCCAUCAGCGUGGCCGGAAGCAUCCUGACCAAAGCCCUGCUGGAGGUGGAGAGUGCUCCAUCAGACCGAGUCCCGCCCAUCAUCCGCCAGGGACCAGCCAAUCACACGUUAGCUCCAGGUUCCACCACUCAGUUACACUGCCACAUCAUGGGGAACCCCACACCGAGCAUCCAGUGGGAGAAAGACGGGCAGAGGAUUCUGGGAAAUGACGGUCGAAUCAGCCUGAUGGACAACGGUACCUUCCAGAUCACCAACCUGCAGGAAACGGACUCAGGGGUUUACACCUGCGUGGCUUCCAGCUCCAGCGGAGAGACGAGUUGGAGUGGAGUGCUGACGGUUAAAGACAGCGCAGACUCGGCGUCAGCUCAGACCACAGAGCCAUUCCAGCUGCCAGGUCCCCCUCAUAAACCCAUCGUCACAGACGUGUCCAAGAACAGCGUCUCUCUGACCUGGCAACCCAAUGCACACGAGGGAGGAGCCGCCGUCACUUCGUACAUCAUAGAAGCCUUCAGCCAAUCAGCAGGCAGCACAUGGCAGACCGUCGCUGACAUGGUCAAGAUAGAAACCCACACCAUCACCGGCCUCCUCCCUAAUACCAUCUACCUCUUCAUUGUCCGAGCCGUCAACGCUUACGGCCUGAGUGACCCGAGCCCCAUUUCUGAGCCGGUCAGAACCCAAGACGUGAGUCCAACAGGCCAGGGAGUGGACCACAGGCAGGUGCAGAGGGAGCUGGGAGAAGUGGCCGUGUAUCUGCAGGAGCCGGUCACGCUAACCACAGCGUCCAUCAGGGUGUCGUGGACUGUGGACCGUCAGUCCCAGUACGUGCAGGGUUACCGUCUUUUCUACAGACCCAGCGGGGGUAACUGGCUCCUCCAGGACAUCAACUCCCCCUCUGAACGCAGCUCCGUCCUCACCAACCUCCUGAAAGGGACCGAAUACGAGAUAAAGAUCCGUCCCUAUUUCGAUGAAUUCCAGGGAAAAGACAGCCGCACCUUAGUGGUUCGAACCCCAGAAGAAGUCCCGAGCGCCCCACCCAGAGGUGUCACGGUGGCAACAGCCAAGCUCAGCAACAGCUCCAGCAUCACGGUCUCCUGGGAGCCUCCGCCGAGCGAGAAGCAGAACGGUGUCAUCCAGGAGUACCGGGUUUGGUGUGUGGGCAGCGCCGGUGGAGACAACCAGACUCGAUACUACAUCAACAAGACGGUGGACGGGGUCACGCUGUCCACGGUGCUGAAAGGCCUGAUGCCUGGCGUGCUCUAUCAGGUGGAGGUGGCAGCGGUGACCAGCGCUGGAGUCGGCACACGCAGUCAGCCGGUGUCUGUCCUCUUCAAGUUACCAGCUGAGCAGCCCUCCGUCUCCGGCAGUGGAGACAGCGGCAGCGCCAGUGACAGCGGCGAGGAGAGCAGCGUGAGCCUGGCCGAACAGAUCACCGACGUUGUCAAGCAGCCGGCGUUCAUUGCGGGCAUCGGCGGAGCCUGCUGGGUCAUCCUGAUGGGCUUCAGUGUCUGGAUCUACUGCCGCAGGAAGAAGAGGAAGGAGCUGAGCCACUACACGGCCUCCUUCGCCUACACGCCAGCAGUUGGUUUCCCUCAUGGAGAGGCAUCAGGACUCAAUGGAAGGCCUGGCGUGCUAGGAGGAAACAUGGGUAACUACCCAUGGCUGGCGGACUCUUGGCCCACCACCAACCUGGUCCACAGCGGCAAAGAGGCCGUCAACUGUUGCAGCACCAACCACAGCACAGCUGAGCGAUACUACAAUGAAGCUGGCAUCUCCAACUACCUGAAUCAGACGGAGAAGUACAGCAUCAGCGGCUCCACCGAAGGUCCGAUCUACAGCACCAUCGACGCCACCAGUGAAGACUUGCACAGCUUCACCUACGCCCAGCACAACUCCACCACGCCCUACGCUUCCACCUCCAUCAUGCCUUACAACAGCCAAACACAGACAUCAGCUCACAGCGCGGAGCAGCAGGACGAUGGGCACUGGAUCACCCAGCCGGGACCUUCAGGGGCCCAGUACGCCCAGCCGGACCGCUGCAAUGGUAAGCCAAAGCAGAAGCCGAUGGGUAAGGCUGUGAAGACCCCGUCUCUGACCUGGAUGGACUCGCUGCCCCCUCCUCCUCCCCUCGGAGAGCUGGAGCAGUGUGAACAGGACGAGCUGCCUCAUGAGCACGAGGACAUGGACAUGGGCUCCGAGGAGGAGUGGUGCCCCCCGCUGCCUGAGAGGACCUACCUGAUGGAGGGCUGUGAGGACGGACCCCCUCCUCCUCAGAGGAACAACGCCUCCUCUCCAGCCACCUCCUACAGUCACCAGUCCACUGCCACACUCACCCCGUCGCCCCACGAGGAGACCCGUGCCCCCCAUGACAUCCCACGCCUCAACCAACUCGACAGCCAGCAGCUGUCACGCAGAAGGUUACCCUGCGGUCCCGUGCCAGUUCCCCAGGCGCCGAGCCCGCCGCUCACCCAGUCCAACCCCAACCUCUCAGGCCAACAGCAUCACGGCUCAUCAGAGGCUGGCACGCUGCAGUGCCAAAGUCCCGCUCACCGCUGCCUCAACGGCCCGGGGCCAGCUCUGAACGAAGAUGGCGUCAGCAACAACACACCGGUCCACAGCCGCUCCCCGGCAGAUUCCUGCACGCCUCCAAACCAGAAAUCACGGGUGAAGAAAAAGGUGUCAAAGACUUCGGCUUACAGAAGAGAUUUACAAGGAGACCUGCCCCCACCUCCAGAGCCCCCCCCAGAGGAGGACAGGUUGCGGGGUCCUCCAGGGAGUGUGGAGGGCGGUAAUGUGGUGAACGGAGCUGUGUCGUCUCUGGAGAGGAGCGAGUACAGCAGCAGCAGCCACCAGCAGAAAGGAUCAGGACAGAGACACGCAGACAAUGAGGAGACGAUGGCGUACGGCAGCAGUAAGGCGGGAUACCUCUCCAGGAAUCAGAUGUCCAGUAACUGCUCCACCACAGGAAGCUCCUCCUCCCGAGGCUCGACGGGCUCACGAGGACUCAACUCAGCCAGAAAACACAAUGAGGAGCUGAGAUAAGAACAGCGGUGACUCUGUGAGUGUACCCCGGCUGCCUCCACCACCCUCCACCCUCCCACUGUGGACACAAUAAGCUCGACAUGAGGAAGAGUUUGGACUCAAUGCUGUGAAAGAAAGAACGGCAGACUUGACACCCUGUUUUUGGUAUUACUCUGAUUAUUUAUGAGCUCUCCUUGAUUUGUAAAUACCUGUGUCUGUACUGUUCUUUUGUGGAUACAGGGAAAGAGACGUAUAUUGUAUUUAUGAGGAUAAAAAGAAAAACCAUGUUAAAAAAAAAACAAAAAAAAAAAACAAGGCUGUUGUUAUAAAAACGCUCAUGUCUUCUUGAAUGUGCCAACCUCUUUUUUUGUCAAAUGUAUACUUUUUGGAAAAGCAUUAACUACUGUUGCACUCUCUUGUUGUGAUGGAAAAACAACAGAAAAUAUGAAGCACAAAGUGUGUUUGCUGGUCGGAAAAGCCAAAACGAGUGGGGUCUCCCCGCGCCCAUGUAGUCCGCUAAGAAUGUCAAACUUUUCUAUGUUCCUCUGGAUUUUCUGCAGCAAAAGGUUCCCGUAUGCCAGCAGACUGACAGGCUUUAUAAAAGUUUGAUUGUAACCCCUCCCUUUCCGCUCUCCUUGUUUGUCUGAGGAACUUUUUGCUGCAGUUGUGAGAUAAGAUUUGCAUAUAUUGUCCUUCAAAACAAACAAACAAAAUGUCU